CACACUAACUGUGGCCAUUUUACAGAGAGACGUGAGAGUUCCUCACAAUUCCUGAUCGGAUAUUCACCUUCUGCAUGUCACUCUUUUCCUGAUGUCCAGUUAGCCUCUGACCCGCACUGGACCCUUCCUGAUGGACCCAGUCAGUCCACCAAACAUCCGUGAUGAUUCAGAAAUGCAUGCAGCAGGACCUCCCGGAAUUCAGGAACCUCCUCAGCAGCCAGCACACAGAGUCCCUCCAGCCUAUCCUGGUCCGCCAGCGUAUGAUUCAAUCAGCAUCCUGACCACAGGGCCCACCAAUGACACAGACAGCAUUCACACUGGCCAUCCAGCAACUGAUGGCGACAGCAUUCAGACCGCUCAUCCAGCGUACGACACAGACAGCACACAAACAGCUCACCUGACUUAUGAUACAGACAGCAACCAGACCCUAAACCCAGCCUAUGACACGGACAGUACCCGCGCCCUGCACCCCGCCUACGUCCUGGACCAGAUGACAGCAGAUGAUGCAUCAGGACAGACUGCGGCAGAAGCUACCGGCAGCGGUAAUAUAGUCAACCCCUCUGAAGACCCUCCGCCCUACAGCCCUCCAGAUCCCAAACUGGCCUACCUAAUCUACCCCCCACCAUUGCCCCACUACCCCAACCAGCCAGUCAUAGCCUGCCAGCCUGGAGCCAAUACACCUGCCUUCUACCAGCCUUCUUUUCUGCCACCCUCUACCUACCCAUCAUAUGCUAUAUACAUGAAUAGUCCACCACUCGGUGAGGAACAGACACCUUUACCUAAAGACUACCUAGUAGAGUCUCUACUAGUGACAAUUUUCUGCUGUCUAAUGAGUGGCCUGGUUGCGCUCAUGUACUCUUAUGAAACUCGUGCGGCUCUGGCCCGGGGUGACAUCCGUGAGGGGGAGAAGGCAUCGCAGAAAGCCCGUCUUCUGGUGACGUUCAGUCUAAUGUUUGGCGUCUUUGUGUUUGUAGGCUGGAUCAUAUAUGUGGUUAUAGCUGUCUGUGCUUAGUCAAACAAACAGGACAUGCAGUUCCUCUGACUUUAAGGGCUUUCAGUCACAUCACAUAUCACAUUUGCACAGAAAACAAGCAAAGAGAAGAGAUUAAAAAUCCCAUUGCUUGUAUAGCUUGAUUGUAAAGACUUUGAGCAUGUAGAAUCUAUGUAUUGAGAGCAUGCUCUCAUGCCACCUCCUUAAAGGAACUCCACUGAAUUUACAAGGUAUCUGCUGAAUGCAGACACUGAGAUGUAAAAAAGUCAUUCAGAGUGGUUUGAUAUGAAAUGGUUCACUAUAGACAGACAUACCACCUAAGGUUCUUCGCAGUGGUGGUAACAGGAACCAGAUGUUGCGAUGUACAGCCGUGGCCAAAUGUUUGGGCACCCCGGUCAAAUGGCCUUUUUGUGAAAAUAAGUAAACACAUUCUCUACAGAGAACAUCAUUCUAAUGCACAGUUACUGUUUAUUAGCUGGAUUUAACAUAUUGGCAGACAUAUUUACAUUUGUUCUCUGAGGAUGUGUUAAUGUAGUGUCCCUUAGAGAAUCAGCAAAGCAUUUCAUUUUGACUGGCGGUGUUCAUACUUUUGUAUAUUAAUUGUAUACCAUUAUUCUCUAUCCAAAAAGACCAGUAGAGCCUUAUCAUGCCUCCUGAGUUUUUAUAUGUGAAGCUGUAAAAUAGUACAUAGUAAAAUGGCAAUAAAUAUGGAAAAAAAAGUCUUUGGGAACUAUUUUGCCUUACAACACUCUUCAUGUACCUCUACACCAUGAACAGCUUUUAUAAUAUAUUUUAGGCCAAAAAUUACCGCAAAACAGCGUCUCAGGCAUCAGGCAACAUAUCAUUGCUGUCGGAGGAAAGCCUCUCCAAUUUUUGGCA